UGUCUGCACCCACUGAGCUUAAACUUCUCCAGUCCCCAGUGCGCACAGGGCAGGAUGGGAUGCUCCACCAGCUCUCAAACUUCAGCGGUAGACACGACUCGACCUAACGCCAAACCUGAGGAGAGCAACGGAGCCAGCACCACAGGGGCAGCCGGUGAGAAUGGAAAAAUAGCUGAGGACAGCGAGACCAUUCCAGACCAAACGCCGGCUGAGGGCGGCGAUGCUAAACCUGAGAGCGAAGCCGCUGCAGCUGCUACAUCUGCAGAGAGCUCUGCUCCAAGCCCCCCAGCAGCGGAGGAGUCGCCUCCUGCAGCGGACAGCAAACCUGCAGAGGCAGCAGCAGUGGAUGCUCCAGCAGCAGGAGAUGCUCCAGCAGCAGGGGAUGCUCCAGCAGCGGCUCCACCUGCAGACGGCUCUGCUGAAGCAGCACCGAGCUCCUCAGAGGCUGCACCUCCGGAGCCAGAGGCCACAGCGACCGACUCAGAGCCCAAACCGGAGGAGCCACCUGCGCCCAGCGAGUGAAGCGUGACGUACCUGACCACACGGAUGAGUUUGCUGGAAGAGGCGCUCCCCGUCCGUAUGCAUGAGUGGGAGUCUGAGUGUUUGUGUGGAAGAGAAACAUGCCUUGUUGCCAAGAUGCUGACCCUGAUGAUGACCUCUGUCAUUCAGGGUUCCUGUCACCAUUGUGCCUUUCCCCCUCCUCCCCUUCUUGAUGAUGCACAACUACAGUUUUUACUGUACAUAGACAGAUGUGUUCAUUGGAGAGAAGUUUAGAUAAAUCAUUAUAAUCAAUAUUUAUUAUCUGUAUAGAAACGUUUGACUUGGAUUAGAAUCUGUCCAGAUUUUUUUCUACAAACUAUAUUCUGACAAAAACCAUAGUUUAUUUUUACCAAUUUAAAUAUACAAGGUGUCCUUCUUUAAUUGAUAUAUUAUUGUUAGUACAUCAAAUUACUAAUGUCUGGGAGAAAUAAACGCUGCCCUUGCUGAAUUAAAUAAGAAUAUUCCUACGUCUCAUGACGAUGAAAGCCUAAAAUUUGUUAUAAGCUGUGAACUGUCACAUAAAUUAAAAAGGCAGUAUAAAAAAAAAUGACACUCAAGACGUUUGUUUCUUUGAAUCAACACAUUACGACAAUUACGUAGGAAUUACCACUUUAUUUGUUGCUUCUGUCGUUAAGUUUCUGUGUAAAAAAUUACAACAAAACGAAGAGACAAACCAGACAUUGCUUUAAGAUUAUCUCACUGGUGUACAUCAAACUGGAAAAAUCUUGAUUGGUGCCUUCGGCAUUGUUUACAGCGACCUGUUUUAAAGAUUUCUCAUCUUGUUCAGCCGUCGAGGGUCUCAGCUACUGUUUGGUUUCCUCUUCGGGAAAACCUGAAAUAAUUGGACACCUUGUUGCUUGGCUACAACUUGUUUGGGACGCGGUCGGCUAGUCAGGAGUCGGAGAGCGGGCCGAGGACGGCGAUCGCCUCGAUUUCCACCAGCGCACCCUGAGGAGACGAGACAAGAUUCCAUGCAUGCAAGCAUUUCCAUAACAAAAGAGCCAUUUAAACUGAAAUAAACUAAAUUUGAUCAAAUUUGCAGCUCAACUAACAUGUAAUUUUCGUUGCUCUAGACCAGGAAACGCUCAUAUAUUUAACACAAAAAAUCCUUUUGGAACUAAGCUUUGCUGAAAAGAUGUAUUCUUGUUUAAAUAAAAAUAUCACACUUCUCAAAUAACUAAAAAUACAUACUUGACUGCAUAAUUUUAUGGUUAAGUCGGUAUAUUGCAUUAGCAACAUAUAACACGUAUAACAUUAGUACCGCAUAACAGGAACCUACAAUGAAGGAACUGAUUUGCAUUAUUUAGCAAACAGGGUGACAUUAUUUAACCUUUAAAAAGAUCCUUUGAAAUCCUAAUGCCAUUUGUCCACACAAAAGAAAAAUGCAAUCUUCCUAAAAAGUGCUGAAAAAUAUUCUCAGAUAUUUUUUCCCUCUCGAAACAAGUCGAUCCUGUAAAGCAAAAAUAUUCACAUUAACAUAAAAAAUCUGAGGGACUUUAACCCUUUGAAGGAUAUUUACAUAGACACUGCUUUUAGUAAAAAAAAUUAAAAAAAAAUCUAAACAAAUACUAUCACUUGCAUAAAAUACUGUUGAUGUAGUUUUUGAUUAUUGUUGUUAGUCAAUAAAUGGGUCAAUAUUUGCUACAAACAUUUUCUUAUCUCAUUCAUUCAUUUGUUGGAUUGAAACAAUGUGACUUUUUGUUGUUAGUA